AUGUCGCCUAGCCGGAAUGGCAUGAUCCUGAAGCCCCACUUCCACAAGGAUUGGCAGCGGCGAGUGGACACUUGGUUCAACCAGCUGGCACGAAAGAUCCGCAGACGCAAGGCCCGGCAGGCGAAAGCAGGCCACAUUGCCCCUUGCCCCGCGUCCAGCCCCAUCAGGCCUAUCGUGAGGUGCUCUACGGUGAGAUACCACACCAAAGUCCAAGCUGGCCGGGGCUUCAGCCUGGAAGAACUCAGGGUGGCCAGUAUCCAUAAGAAAGUGGCUCGCACCAUUGGCAUCUUUGUGGACCCAAGGAGGCGAAACAAAUCCACAGAAUCACUACAGGCCUAUGUGCAGCGCCUGGAGUACCGCUCCAAGCUCAUCCUUUUCCCCAGGAAGCUGUCUGCUCCAAAGAAGGGAGAUAGUUCUGCUGAAGAGAUUAAACUGGCCACCCAGCUAACGGGACCUGUGAUGCCCAUCCGGAAUGUCUACAAAAAGGAGAAAGCCAGAGUUAUCACAAAAGAAGAGAAGAACUUCAAGGCUUUUGCCAGUCUUCGCAUGUCCCGGGCCAAUGCCCGGCUCUUUGGCAUCCGAGCAAAAAGAGCAAAGGAAGCUGCAGAGCAGGAUGUUGAAAAGAAAAAGUGAUGUGCUAUUGGGGUGUUGCAAUAAAGUUUUCCAUA